AUGUCGCUGAAUUCUUGGCACUCACUAUCUGCUUAUCUGGUGCUGACCGUCCUCCAGCGCGAAGGACCAGUCCGAGUAGCCCCCCGGUGUCAGAUUACCGUGCAGGUACCAUGUUGCUUGGUUGCCCCGACGAAGGAAUUCGAGGCUGGUGAUCACGGAAAGGCAUCAUCGGCCGCAGCAGGCCACUAUUUGCAGUAUGCCAUGAGUGUCUUGAUCCUCCUUCGAGCUCGAGCCAUGCUGAUCGUUGCUCACUCUUCGCAGGCUCCCACGUACGACACCUAUUCACCUGGCGACUCGAUCACGCAGCGCCACCCAUCGUUGAAGUUCCUUUUGCGGGCGGCUCGUACCACUACCCUACCAUCAUUACCAUAUAAUAUAUAUAUCGAGUCUGGAUGA